UUCUCGUCUCUAAUGCGCGCUCACUAAUAAAUUCCUCUCUCCCCCCUACCUCCGAGCUGAAGUCCUAGCUCUAAACCAUGGACUUCACUGCCACACUUCUCUUUUUUGCGCUUCUCAUCUCAUCCACCAAGGCUUUGGACCCUUGUGCCGCUCAGGCAGAUAACUCAGGCCUCUCCAUCAUUCCAAUCUAUGGCAAAUGUUCACCAUUCAACCCACCAAAACCUGACUCAUGGGUCAACACAGUCAUUAACAUGGCCGCAAAAGACCCAGCGAGGGUCAAGUACUUGUCCAGCCUGGCGGCCCAGAAAACCACGGCUGUUCCAAUUGCUUCAGGCCAACAAGUUCUAAACAUUGGCAACUAUGUUGUAAGGGUCAAGCUCGGCACUCCAGGUCAGCUCAUGUUCAUGGUACUUGAUACUAGUAAUGAUGCUGCUUGGGUCCCAUGCUCCGGAUGCAUUGGCUGCUCAGCUACCACUUUCUCACCCAACACUUCUUCCAGUUACGGGUCACUGGAUUGCUCCUUGCCCCAGUGCGCCCAGGUCCGCGGACUCUCGUGCCCGGCAACUGGGGCUGCUGCAUGCUCUUUUAACCAAUCCUACGGUGGAGAUUCAUCGUUCUCUGCCACCUUGGUACAAGAUUCCUUGGGAUUAGCCAAUGACAUUCUCCCAAAUUUUGCUUUUGGAUGUAUUAACUCUAUCUCUGGUGGGUCAGUCCCACCCCAAGGGCUUUUGGGUCUGGGGCGGGGCCCCAUGUCACUUCUUUCACAAUCCGGGUCACUCUACUCCAGCGUGUUUUCCUAUUGUUUACCCAGUUUCAAGUCCUACUACUUCUCGGGUUCCCUCAAACUCGGGCCAGUAGGUCAGCCCAAAAAUAUUCGGACCACCCCGCUCCUAAAAAACCCCCACCGGCCCUCACUUUACUACGUUAACCUAACAGGGGUCAGCGUAGGCAGGGUUCGGGUCCCCAUCGCCCCAGAAUAUAUAGCAUUUAACCCCAACACCGGGGCGGGGACCAUAAUCGACUCGGGUACGGUUGUAACCCGGUUUGUCCAACCCGUUUAUGAGGCAAUCCGGAAUGAGUUUGUCAAGCACUUGAAAGGCCCAUUCUCAACAAUAGGGGUAUUUGACACAUGCUUCGACGCUGCAGCAGAAUCUGAGGCACCUUUAAUAACGUUACAUCUUGAAGGCUUGUCCAUGACACUGCCAAUGGAAAACAGCUUCCUACAUUCCAGUGCAGGGUCACGCGCUUGCUUGGCCAUGGCACCAGUUCCAAAUAACGUGAACGCCGCCUUGAAUGUGAUAGCCAAUUUGCAGCAGCAGAAUCACAGGAUUCUGUUUGAUGUGGCCAAUUCUCGCUUGGGAAUUGCUCGUGAAGUUUGUAACUAAGUUUUUAUUUACUUUUAUUGCUCUCUUGUGGUUGAGGCUAAGCCUCUGUUUUUGUUAAGGAAAAAGUAGAUGGUGUAGUUAAUAAACAGGACAAAACUCCUGUUGUUUUGGUGAUUACAUAUGUAAUAUGGUUUUAAGUUUUUGAUUGUCAAAAGGAACGGAAGCAGCUUAAUUA